CCGCCAUAUAACUUCAAGGGAAAAGAAGGGGAAUGUUGAUUGACAGACCAGAAACCAUCCGUCUUGAGAGGAGGCAAGAUGGCAGCCCCGGCAGUGGCUGAGUUUCAAAGAGCCCAGUCUCUUCUCAGUUCAGACCGGAAUGCAUCUAUCGAUAUUUUACAUUCGAUAGUAAAGGGGGACAUCCAGGAGAGCGAUGAGGAGGCGGUGUGUGUCAAAGAGCAGAGCAUCCUGGAGCUGGGUGGUCUGCUGGCUAAGACGGGCCAGGCUGCAGAGCUGGGCGGUCUCCUGAAGUAUGUGCGGCCGUUUCUGAAUUCCAUCAGCAAGGCCAAGGCGGCGCGGCUGGUGCGCUCGCUGCUGGAGCUGUUUUUGGACAUGGAGGCAGCUACAGGCCAGGAGGUGGAGCUGUGUCUGGAGUGCAUUGAGUGGGCCAUGGCUGAGAAGAUAACAUUCCUCAGACAGAACCUGGAGGCCAGGCUCGUCUCAUCUCUGUAUUUUGACACAAAGCGGUAUCAGGAGGCGCUUCAUCUAGGCACCCAGCUACUCCAGGAGCUGAAGAAAAUGGAUGACAAGGCCCUGCUGGUGGAGGUACAGCUGCUGGAGAGUAAGACGUACCACGGCCUCAGCAACCUGCCCAAGGCCCGAGCUGCCCUCACCUCUGCACGCACCACCGCCAACGGCAUUUACUGCCCGCCCAAGCUACAGGCCGCCCUGGACAUGCAGUCAGGGAUCAUCCACGCAGCAGAGGAGGACUGGAAGACUGCCUACUCUUACUUCUACGAGGCCUUCGAAGGCUACGACUCCAUCGACCAUCCCAGAGCGAUCACCGCUCUCAAAUACAUGCUGCUCUGCAAAAUCAUGCUCAAUCUUCCUGAGGAGGUCCAGGGUCUCGUCAGUGGAAAGCUAGCCCUGCGGCACGCCGGGAGACAGACAGACUCUCUGAAAUGCGUGGCGCAGGCCAGCAAUAACCGGUCGCUGGACGAUUUUGAAAAGGCCCUGACAGAGUACAGAGGUGAGUUGAGAGACGACUCCAUCAUAAGCACACACUUGACCACGCUCUAUGACAACCUGCUUGAACAGAACCUCAUCCGUGUCAUCGAGCCUUUCUCCAGGGUACAGAUAGAACACAUUUCCACCCUCAUAAAACUCUCUAAAGAAAAUGUCGAGAGGAACUUGUCACAGAUGAUUCUUGACACAAAAUUUCACGGUAUUUUGGACCAAGGCGAGGGUGUGCUGAUCAUCUUCGAUGAGCCUGCAGUAGACACAACGUAUGAGGUGGCCCUGGAGACCAUUCAGAACAUGAGCAAAGUGGUGGACUCACUCUACAACAAAGCCAAGAAGCUCACAUAGAGGAGACCACCUGUACCCCAGCACAGAGCUUGUCC